CGUGGUUGGACAGCAGCAGCGGCAGCGGGGAAGAUGGCGGCGGACCAUGUUGUGGCGGACGCCGGAGCUUUCCUCAAAAACGCUCCCCUACAGGAGUUUGGAAAAAAUAUUUACACAUUAAAAGAAGUUGUAAAUGAAAUAAGGGAUAAGGAAACAAAACAAAGGCUGGCAGUUUUGCCAUACCAGCUCCAUUUCAAAGAGCCAUUUCCUGAAUACAUCAGACAAGUGUCUGAAUUUUCAAAGAAAACUGGUGACUACCCCAGUUUGUCAGCAACUGACAUUAAAGUUCUGGCACUAACCUGUCAACUUGAAACUGAGUUUGUGGGAGCUGGCCACUUGAGAAAAGAACCUAUACAAAAAGUUGAAGUGAGCAGCACUUUAAGACACCCUGAGUCACUCAUCAACCUGGCAGGCUUUCAUCUGCCAUCUAAGCGGAAUUCUGAGAGCGGUGUCACAAAAGGAGAUUGCGUACGUCCUUUAAGCUCAGAGGAGCCAGGUCAUCCUACCGGAACAGGACAUUCUAGUGAGUCUCAAGAAGCUGAUUUAUCAGAAUUUGGUGCCUUUCGGUUCUGGAGAAACCCACUACCAAAUAUUGAAGAUGAUCUCCAAGAUUUGCUUGCAAGUAAUAACAAAGAGAAUAUCUGCAUUUCAAGAGAGAGACCAUUGAACCAGGACCAAGAAGAGGCACUUGGAAGUGAAGAGGAGGAGGAUGUGGAGGAUGACAAUGAAGGGUGGAUAACACCAAGUAACAUUGAGCAGAUUUAUCGGGAUAUGGGCUGCUCUGAGACAGCGGCGGAUAUCAAAGUUGGCUGUAUGACCACAGAUUUUGCUAUGCAGAAUGUCCUUAUUCAGAUGGGGCUUCAUGUUAUUUCUUUGAACGGAAUGAUUAUAAAGCAAGCAAGGAACUACAUUCUGCGCUGUCAUGCAUGUUUCAAGACCACAACUAAUAUGAAUAAGAAAUUCUGCCCAAACUGUGGUAACAAGACGCUAAAAAAGAUAGCAGUCACUUUGAACGAGGAUGGCAGUCUUCACUUCCACUUCUCAAAAAACCCCAAAGUGCUAAAUCCACGAGGUCUACGGCAUCCUCUGCCAUUACCACAUGGUGGGAAACAUGCCAGUAAUCCGCAUUUGAGUGAGGACCAGAACUUCCCUCAGCAACGACUAUCCAAGAAAGCGAGACAGAAGACGAAUGUCUUUAACCCAGAUUACAUUGCUGGGGUGUCCCCGUUUGUGGAGAAUGAUAUCUACAGCAGAGCUGCUCACUUAAACAUUCGGGACGGCAGAUCAGGAGGUGGGAGAAGGAGGUUGAACCCAAAUGCAGCACCAAAAAAAUGUACCAAGAAAUAAAUAUUUUUCUUCCCAGCUGUGUCAUCCCAAUUUUCAAAAUCUUACUAGAGUUAUUAUUAAACAUUUCAGCUAUAAAAGUAUGUGUAUCAUGUAAAUUCAUCAGAAGUUAUUGAAGUGUUCAUUAUUGAAUGUGUUUUUAGAUAAUGGUUCUUUGAAUUAUUUACACAAGCUGUUAUAAACUAGAAACUCCUUAUGUGAAACUAUUUACUAAAGAAUAUAUUUAUACGUAUUACUAGGGAAGAGGAUUUGGCUGUCCAACUGCAUGAUGCUUAUCACAUUAAUAUACUAAGAAAGCAAUAUUUUGGCUUACAGCGUCUCUUAAGCAAUCCCUUGUGAUCAAAGAUGAUGUGGUUUUGUAGGUUCUGAGGUAGCUGAUGAGGCCGAAUAGGGCCCUCGAAAGGGCAUAGGAGGUGCUUGAUCGGGUGGUCAGCAGGAGAGGUAGAGAAGAUGGACACAAAUAGCUGGAGUAACCCAUUGGGUCAGAUAGCAUCUCUGGGGAAAAGGAAUAGGUGACAUUUUGGGUAGAGACCCUUCUUCAGGCAGAGAGUUCCUGCCACAAUUUUAGCAGAGCUUCUGCAAGGGACUUGUGGUUCCCAAUGCCCUCUCAAUGCUCUUCCCAUUUCAAGUGGACUUGAGCCAGGAAUCCCAUGAGGUACUGGGGAUGUUGGACCUUUUCAAAGAGGCUUGAGAACAUCUUUGAAUAAGUUCCUUUGUCCGCUUAGUGACAUCAUGCUCUGAUGAACAUAAAAUGUUUCUUUUGGAAGUGUGGUGUCAGGCACAAGCUGGAAGCUUUAGGCUUGGACUGCCCUUGUGAGAGCACAUUUAUCUUGCCACAAAAUAUAAACUGCUAGUGGAACUCAGUGUCUUAGGCAGCAGCUGAGGAGGGAAUGAACACAAGCAAUUUUGGGUCAAAACCCUUUUAGAUUUAUUUAGUAGCAGGGAGUAAGCUGGAAAAGAUGUGGGGAUGGGACAAAGCUUGGUAAGUGAUGGGAGGAUACAGGUGAGAGGGGUGGAGUAGGAGAUAAAAGGGAGUCAAAUAAGGAAAGAGCCAGAACUUGGUCUACUCCCAUUUCUUUUCCAGCUUUUCCCCCUCUACUCAGUCCCCCCCAACCCCCAGUAAUGCUACCUCACUCACUGCGUUUCUCCAGCUCAUAUGUUGCUCAAGAUUCCAGCAGUUGCGGUUCCUUGCAUCUACAUUUGACCCACCAGCGGAUUUGGAGGAUUUUGUAGUGAUGGUGAUUGCUAUCCAAUGCUUUGAGGUGCAAUUAUGUAGGUAGCCAUGCCCUGGAAAUGUACAAGGGUACUCUGAUAGACAAUGAGGUGUUCUGAUGUUUUGAAGGUAAUGAGUUUCAUCAAUACCUCUGAGGGACAGCUUUAAUUUAUAUUUGGCGAGGCAGGGAAUAAGCAUGGUUUUGUUAAGGGGAGGGGAUCCUGUCUUUUUAAUCAAUAUACUUGGCCACCCGUCUGGAAAUUUUCAGUGAAGUGAUGCCGUGGUCUAUGUGGAACUUAAAGGGCCUUGUCGGUAGAUUCCAAGUGGGAGACUGGACCAAAAGGUGAUUGAAGGUAAAUUGCAUCCAAAACUGGCUCGUGGUGAGGGGCAGAGGGUGAUAAUUGGAUAUUUUUGUGAUGUGAAAGCUUGUGACCAGUGGUGCAGUGCAUUGAUCAUUGCCAGGGGUUUUAUGUAUAUUAAUGCUCUGGUUGCGAAUCUAAGAGAUAUGCUUAGUAAGUUAGCAGAUGACAUGGGUGGAGUUGUUGAUCAUGAGGGGGAUAGUCUUUGGCUGCAACAUUAUAUUGAUAUGUUAAGAUGGGCAUAUGGAAUGUAAAUCUGAAGCAUGUGGGUAAUGCAUUUUGGAAGGACUAAAAUACACAAAUGAACAUGAUGAAUGGUGUGGUGCUAUGAAAUGCUGAGAGCGGACAUCAUGGUGAGAUUUCUUUCAUGAUAAAUAUGCAGAUACCUUAAAUGCACUGGCUGAGGAAGGAGGAGAGGUUGGAGACAGGUACUUUGAUAGCUUUUUAGUGAUAUUCAGAAAAGCACUUAAAACAAUGGCAGAGAAUAUAGUGUUGGAAACUGGAAUUGGAGCAGACAAAGUAUUUGAUGACUUAAAUGGACAUAGUUAAGACUAAAGGGCUGUUCCCAUGCUCUAAGCCUCCGAUUGUUAGCUAUAUUCCAAUGGGAAGCUGAUGGAGGAGAGGUGGUGAGAGAAAUGAGAGAACGGUUGGGUUGAUACCAGUCUGCACGAUUUAACACUCUGUAGGAACAUUACUUAAAAUGAGAAUUUGUAUACCAUUGUUGUAGAAGAAGAUUGGAGAGGAAAAUCUGAUGGCAGUUAAACAUUAAAAAAUAUCGCAUGAUACGUUUUGGUUGAUGUUUUUUUUUUUUAAAGGCCAAGUAGAGUGGCUAAUGAUCCCUGUAUUUGAGUUAUUAUAUCAUGCAUAAUGGAAACAAACUCUGCCUACAGCAGAAUGGAGCUUUAGUGCUAAUCAGAUUGGUCUCCUUUCUGAAAAUGCUCAUUGAGUUUGACAUGGGAGUUGAGACAUUUUUCAGUUCCCUUCUGCUAAGUGUUAGGACUGUAGCACUUACUUUUCUAGUAAACAUGGUCGUUUCAAUGUUGUCAGUCUCGGCUGGCACAGGACUGAACAGAUUAGUUUGAGGGUGCAGUAGAGUGACCAUGUUAAAGCCAACCAUGAUUGACAAAUUUUUGUGCUCCUUCCAAUGGAUGCUGAUUCUUUCUGGAGCUAUUUAAACCCAAAUUCUCUGGCUACAUUCUCUGCCACAUUUGCAAACUUUUGUACUUUAUCUGAAAAUUAAAACAUUUACUUCAAUAUUUUUCAAAUUUGUUUCAACUUCUUUAGAUCCAUUAACUUGCAUAAUCUGACUGGAUAUUCGGCUUCCAAAUGCUGACAUCUAAACUUGUGACAAUAGUGUUUAUAAUAUUUAUACACGAGUGGUCCACUAUGUAGCUCUAAUGAAAUAAACAAGAUACCAUCAUGUUAUGCAAAAUGUUGUACACAACUUUUUGAUUAACUUUAUGGAAAGUGUUGAACAUGCCAUGGGUCUGGCCUGCAGUUCUAUCCAUUCAGAUAAGUCAAUGCAUCUAUAUACUUUGCUGUCUUCAUGGUUAUAUAGAACUCUAAUCAUAUACGCAAUUCUUAUUGCACAUAAUUCCAUAUUUUCCCAUGGUACUGACAAGAUCAAAGUCUGCAUUAUAUAUUAGAUUUAAGUUUCUAUCCUCAAUUGAUUCCAUUUAAAAAGGAUAGCAUUUUGCAUUAUAACUAAUUUACAGUGCACUAUAAGUUAUUGGAGUGAUUAAUAAGUAGUGGAAAAUGGUUAAUUUAACAAAUUUAAUGUUAUUUGUAAAGUGAGUGAAGAUUUGAGUGCAAAUUGGUAUUUGUUGAUACAUUUGAGAUUACAGUUUUGUAAUGUUUAAAACACAGUUCUCUGCAUUAGAAUAAAGAUCUUAUUUAGAAAAA